GCAGAGUUCUACCUUGUAAAUACUGUUAUUUGUAUAUACUGUAAAUGAUGACAUCGGUGGGCACUACCCGAGCCAGGGGCAGCUGGGAGCAGACACAGACACAAAGCCAGACACAGCACAAGCAGCGGCCGCAGGCCACCGCGGAACAGAUUCGACUUGCACAGAUGAUUUCAGACCACAACGACGCUGACUUUGAGGAGAAGGUGAAACAGCUGAUCGACAUCACGGGCAAGAACCAGGACGAGUGUGUGAUUGCUCUGCAUGACUGCAACGGAGAUGUUAACAGAGCCAUCAACGUGCUGCUGGAGGGCAAUCCGGACACGCAUUCCUGGGAAAUGGUCGGGAAGAAGAAGGGUGUCUCGGGCCAGAAGGAGAGCGGACAGGCAGAACCCAGUGAAGAGAGCAAAGAAAACCGGGAGAGGGAUCGGGAUUUCAACAGACGACGUCGGCGGGGGCGAGGUGCCAGCCGUGGAAGAGAGUUCCGGGGCCAGGAGAACGGACUGGACGGUGGGAAGAGUGGAGGAUCUUCUGGAAGAGGCACAGAAAGAGGGAGGCGGGGACGCGGCCGAGGCCGAGGUGGCUCUGGAAGGCGAGGGGGAAGAUUCUCUGCCCAAGGCAUGGGAACUUUCAACCCGGCUGACUACGCGGAGCCGACUGGCACGGACGAGAACUACGGGAAUAGCACCAACAACACGUGGAACAACACUGGCAGCUUUGAGCCAGAUGAUGGCACAAGACUUGAUUUCAUUGGGGGUGAGGGGUCAAAUUAUCCCCGAAAAUUUGACACUGCUCCUGGUGCGUGGAGGGCAGCGACAGAAGAAUGGGGCACGGAGGACUGGAAUGAAGAUCUGUCUGAGACUAAGAUCUUCACCGCCUCCAAUGUGUCUUCAGUGCCUCUGCCUGCUGAGAAUGUGACAAUCACAGCUGGACAGAGAAUCGAUCUUGCAGUCCUCCUAGGAAAGACACCCUCUUCUAUGGAGAAUGAGUCAACAAACCUGGAGUCAUCCCAGGCUCCUUCCCUGGCCCAGCCACUGGUGUUCAGCAAUUCCAAGCAGAGUGCUAUAUCCCAGCCUGCCUCUGGUAACUCCUUCUCUCACCACAACAUGGUGAGCAUGCUGGGGAAAGGAUUUGGAGACGUUGGGGAGGCCAAAGGCAGCAGCACCACAGGCUCUCAGUUCCUGGAGCAGUUCAAGACGGCCCAGGCUCUGGCUCAGCUGGCUGCUCAGCACACCCAGCCUGGUGGGAGCAGCACCACUUCGUCCUGGGACAUGGGAUCCGCUACGCAGACCUCGUCUCUCGUGCAGUAUGAUCUCAAGAACCCUACAGACUCUUCUGUGCAUAGCCCCUUCACCAAGCGUCAGGCCUUCACUUCGACUUCAACCAUGAUAGAAGUGUUCAUGCAGGAGAAGCAGCCUGUGGUGACUGCCUCCACAACCGUGCCGGCACCCUCCUCUUCACCGCUGCCCAGCAAAACCAAUCCUGUUCCCCAGAUGUCCCCAGGGUCCUCCGACAACCAGUCCUCCAGUCCCCAGCCAGCACAGCAGAAGCUGAAGCAGCAAAAGAAAAAAGCGUCGUUAACAUCAAAGAUCCCUGCGCUCGCGGUGGAAAUGCCUGGCUCAGCAGAUAUCUCAGGGCUAAACCUGCAGUUCGGAGCGUUACAGUUUGGUUCGGAGCCCGUUCUGGUGGAGUAUGAAUCGACGCCUACAACAAGCGCCGCCGUUAGCCAGUCCCAAGGCAGCCUGUACACCAGCACGGCCAGUGAAUCUUCAUCCACAAUCUCGUCCAAUCAAAGCCAGGAGUCUGGUUACCAGAGCGGCACGAUACAGACAGCAACGUUUACCUCCCAGAACAGCGCUCAGGGACCACUGUACGAACAGAGAUCCACCCAGACGAGGCGAUACCCAAACUCAAUCUCCUCCUCGCCCCAGAAAGAUCUGACCCAGCCCAAGAAUGGUUUCAGUUCUGUACAACCCACGCCAUUACAAACCGCACAGGCUGUUGAAGGUGCUACAGGCCCCGCAGUGAAAUCCGAUUCUCCCUCUGCUCCCAGUAUCACGCCUCUCAACGAUGGGGUGUCUGCAUCGUCCUUGCUGACAACAGCCAGCCAACACUCGACAGCUCUGAGCAGCCUGAGCCACAGUGAGGAACUCCCCAGUACGACCACCACCCAACUCAGCAGUACGUUACCCACCCAGCAGAACAGUCUGUCCUCAUCCACAUCCUCUGGGCGAACGUCGACUUCAACUCUCCUGCACACGAGUGUGGAGAGCGAAGCAAGCCUCCAUUCUUCUGCUAGCACUUUCUCCACCUCCUCCAACACAGUGUCAGCCACCCCGCCCGUCGUCAGCGUUUCAUCCAGCCUCAGCAGUGUCAGCAGCCUGGGCCUCAGCCUCAGCAGCAACUCCACUGUGACGGCCUCGACCCGCAGCUCCGUCGCAACAACAUCAGGAAAAGCUCCUCCUAAUCUCCCUCCUGGAGUCCCACCGUUGUUGCCUAAUCCAUACAUCAUGGCUCCAGGGUUGCUACAUGCCUAUCCGCCACAGGUGUAUGGAUAUGAUGACUUGCAAAUGCUCCAGACGAGAUUUCCAUUGGAUUACUACAGCAUCCCAUUCCCUACGCCCACCACCCCGCUGACUGGAAGAGAUGGCAGCCUGAGCAGCAAUCCAUACUCUGGUGACUUAACAAAAUUCGGCCGAGGUGAUGCCUCUUCCCCCGCUCCUGCAACAACUUUGGCCCAGCCUCAGCAGAGCCAGACCCAGACUCACCACACCACGCAGCAGACGUUCCUGAACCCAGCACUGCCUCCAGGCUACAGUUACACCAGUCUGCCGUACUACACAGGGGUACCAGGGCUCCCCAGCACCUUCCAGUACGGGCCCGCCGUGUUCCCUGUUGCUCCUACCUCUUCCAAGCAGCAUGGUGUGAAUGUCAGUGUCAACGCAUCAGCAACCCCUUUCCAGCAGCCCAGUGGCUAUGGCUCUCAUGGAUACAGCACUGGUGUAUCUGUGACAUCCAGUAACACAGGCGUGCCGGACAUCUCGGGCUCUGUCUACUCCAAAACUCAGCAAUCCUUCGAGAAGCAGGGAUUUCACACUGGAACCCCGGCAGCCUCCUUCAAUCUGCCUUCGGCGCUGGGCAGCGGCGGCCCCAUCAACCCU